UUAUAUCUACAGCUUUGCAUUUGUGUGGAUACUGGCGGCAAUAAUGUUCAUUUUUUACUUUCUUUCAGUUUUUUUUUGACAAAAAUGCGAUUCAUCUUUCCAAAUCCUCUUCCAUAAUUGUGGUAUUAGUGACUUUUUUUUUCCUUAGCGAUCACCUGUGCCUCGUAUGUACUCAUUCGCCAACAAACGCGGCAGAAUUUUCCCGGAAUUCGAGCGCAGCAAAAUAAGAAACUAACUAAUACAUUGUUAAUUGAAACUGUCGUUUCUGCUUUCUGUUGGCUACCUAUAAUUAUUUGUAGCGCUGUGUUUGGAUGGUCUUCAAUUGAAGAUGUAGCCAGUGACCACUCAUACUAUACUUUACUAAUUGAAAAGACUUUG